AUGUAUUCUCAAAAUAACAAAUCAGGUAACAAGAAGACACCGAGGGCUCCCCGCUUCAUCAUUUCACGCACUUUCUGGGCUACGCAAACAGAUCAGUGUAUUCAAAAGUAUUUCCAGGCGUCUUUUGAACCCAUCUCAUCCGAAUACCCAACUCCAUCCACAUUCUACAUCACUUCACCCAACGCCUACGACGCCCUGGAUGACUCCCCUCUAUGGUCCACUCACGAUCCUAGCACACACAAGAACCCACAUGAUGAUAGCACUGCAUAUGCCAAAUUAGCGUUUUACUUCCCCUGCGUAAUAAACGCCCAAAGAAACGCCGCCUCGCCCGACUCGAAUGCACUCAAACAGGGAAACGACGAGGACGAUGAAGCAACCGGAGAUCUUGCGGCUACGCUCAUGCAGUGGAUCCUUGAGCGCAGUGAUUUGGGCUUCGAGGUCGGCGAUGGUGGCUUCCAAUUUAGCUUUGGCGGCCUCUGUGGCUUCGCGAUCGCUGAAAUAGGCUUCAGUGGGGGUGGGUGGGAAUGGUGA